GCCCGCCACGGGGCGGGGUCUGCCCCUCGACGCUCCGCCCCGACAGGGGGCGCUGUGUAGCCCCGCUCGAGCGCCGCUCUGUCUGCCUCCGGCGCCUCGUUGGCUCCGUGUCCGGUUCGGCGGCGGUGCGGGGCCGCCAUGGACCGAAACCCUUCCCCGCCCUCCAGCGAUGCGGAGGAGGAGGGCGAUGCGGUGGGGAACACGAUGUACAGCAAGCACUGGCUGUUCAGCAUCCUCACGCGCCUCAUCGAGGUCAUCAGUCCCGAGAAAACGGAGCCCAGCGAGGGAACCCUGGCAGAGCUGGACGAAGAGAUGGAGAACGACAUUUGCAAAGUCUGGGACAUGUCCAUGGACGAGGAUGUUGCUUUGUUCCUUCAGGAGUUCAAUGCCCCUGACAUAUUCAUGGGAGUUUUUGCCAAGUCAAAAUGCCCUCGCCUUACUGAAAUCUGUGUGGGAAUAUUAGGAAAUAUGGCCUGUUUCCAAGACAUAUGCAUGUCCAUUAGUAAAGAUGAGAACCUUGGCCAAGUGUUAUUGCAACGUUUGUGUGAUUCAGACUCUCCAACUCUUCUGGAAACAAGCAGGUUGUUGUUAACUUGCCUCUCCCAGCCUGAGGUGGCCAAUGUCUGGGUUGAGAGAAUCCGGGAAAACCCCUCCGUGUAUGACUGUGUUUGCUUUAUCAUGUCCAGCUCCACAAAUGUUGAACUGCUGGUAAAAGUGGGUGAAGUGGUGGAUAAACUCUUUGAUCUGGAUGAAGAGCUCAUGUUAAACUGGAUUAAAAAUGGCACUUGUCGGUCUGUGGGACCAUCUGUGGAUGAUUCCCCUGAAGAACUUCCAGAUUUUAAGAUUGUGCCUUGUAUACUUGAAGCAGCCAAACAAGUCCGAUCAGAUAAUCCAGAAGGACUUGAUGUUUAUAUGCAUAUUUUGCAGCUGCUGACCACAGUGGAUGAAGGCAUUCAGGCUAUUGUGCAGGCUCCUGAUGGAGGAAAAGAGACUUGGAGUUUGCUUUAUGACCUCGUUUGCCAUGAACUUUGCCAGCCAGAUGAUCCACCCAUCAUUGUGCAGGAGCAGAAGACUGUAUUGGCCUCUAUCUUGUCUGUGCUGUCUGCUAUGUUUGCUUCACAGACAGAACAAGAAUACACCAAGAUGAGGAAAAACAUGCCUCUGACUGGGAGCUUGAUUCGUAUCUUACAAUACAUGGAGGAUUGUGGGAAGAGAUCUGCUGAUAACUCCAAUGAGUCUGAACAACAAGAGACUGGGAGGGCUGACCUGAAGGAGGAAGAUUUCCAUUUAAAAAUUUUGAAGGAUAUUUGCUGUGAAUUGCUUUCCAAUAUGCUUCAAGAACUGACCAAGGAGAAUACUUUAGAAGGACUACACCAGGGACAUUUAAAUGAACAGACCUGUUCCUGUGCAUUUCAGAACCUGUUACCUCUGUAUUUUGCAUCAGUGGAGAGUUUCCUGGAAGUUCUGCGUGAGGCUGAUCAGACACUUGCUGAAAAUCUAGAAAAACGUUUCCCAAGCCUGAAGGCUCCUGCCUAGGAAUGUGAAUGAAUUAUUUUCCAUCUUUGGAAGGAAGACUUUUCACUGUUUCAUUUACAGUAUUUCAGAAACCAAGUUUUCAGUAAAUGCAGGAGAAUGAGUCAACCUCCACCAGCAGGUGGUUUUUAAGAAAUGUUCAAGGUAGCCUUGAUUAACCCAGGGUUAAUCUGGUCUGCAUGGGGAACUAAAUUACUGAAAAUUCAAUUCUUCAUUUUCCAUCCUUUUUGCUCUGGUGAUGGGAGACUGUGGAUUCCUAAUUCAUCUUUUGCAGCACAGUGUUCUUUGAAUAACUGUUGAUCCUAUGCUUCUCAACUUAGUUGAAACAGAAAAUGAAUUAAAUGAACUGAGUAAUUUUUUAACUUGAUGCUGGUUUCUUCCAAGUUGCCAUUGGCAAAAGCAGGAUUGAUCAAUAGGAAAUCCAAGAUGUUCUCUUGCUAAGGACCUUUAAGCACCUGAUAAAACCAGUUAAAUUACACAGAGUUGUUGAGAGGGUUUUUUUGUGUUUCUUUUUUUCUCUUUUAGAUUAAAUCAGUACCUUGAGCAGGUAUUGUAACAGAAAUAAUUCAUCUUGCUCCUUUAGAAUCUUCACACUUUUUACAAUGAGGACUCUUCUACACCACAGCUCUGAGUUGUAUCAGCCAGAUCCUGUGCAGUUUAAAGGAUUUGGGAAGGUGGUUACCCUUGUGCUGCAGCUUACAACUAUUGCAGUUACUCAGAGUUGGAGUUGUAGGGCAGUUUUUGAUUUAAUACAUAGUAUACUUGCAAACUUUCUGCUUUUCCAAAGCAGCCUGUACUUCAGUUUAGGAAUGUAACAUAUCAAACAGUUCUUUCCUCAUUCAUGUGUUUUAGGAAUUAUCUGUGAAUGGCAUUAGAAAUGCCAUGGUAGCCUCAAUUUUUCGGAGGAGCUUUAGGUGUGAGAGUCACUUGCAGUAAAUUCAGUCUGCAGUCUUUUAAAAAUCCCACCUUUUUGUUAUAUCAUGAUUUAACUGCAUUACAUGUUUAGAUCACUUGCCUGCAUGCAGUGCAGCUAACAUUUUCUGUGUGUGAAAAGACAAUAUAGCAACACAUCAACUUCACUGUUUUAAUGAGAGUGGAAAAUGAUGGAUCUUUAUUAAGUUUGUAAUGUAAAGAAAAUUGGAACCAGUGCAGAGAAUAACUCAGUAUCAUAUACACACAGUCCCUGGCUCUCCAGGUCUUUAUAGGCUUUAAGUAUUGUGCUGGGCCAUGUUUUGUUUGCCCUGAGUUACCUGUACAUGUGGUAAGGUACAGUCUGUGUAUAUGUAUAUAGUCAUCAUAGAAUCCUAGGGGUUGGAAGGGACCUCGAAAGAUCAUCUAG